AGUGUUUCGUCUAAGGGUCUGCUUCAGAAGUUCCUAGAAUGACUUCUUCUUGAAAAUAAGAUGAUUGCGAAUCAUGAGAGAUUUUGGAUCUAUGACAAUUUAUAUUUCUGCUCUAUUUAUAUUAAUAAAUUUAUAAUGUUCAUACCAGAGUAGUCGUUCCUCCAUUGUCUUCAAUCACAAGAUGGCCUGAGGAGUUGGGUAGGGCCUUAGACAAACGGUAUGUACUCUGGCUUAACGUUUUCAUGUUUUUGUUUUUCUAUAAUUACUUGUUUUCUUAUGUGAUUCUGUUUUAACUUGCCCUUGCUAAGCUAAUGUUGGCCUGCUGGCAUCUUGCUUUGUAAUGUUUCCUGCUGAUCCUUGAGAUUAUUCUGUAGGUCCUUCUAUUUUAGUCAGAAAAUUGGCUUUUGAAAAAUGGCUAUAUGAUUCUGCUUUGAUUAUAAUCUUUUUAAUUUGCUGGGCUUUGAGUUUAUCCAGUUUCUGGUUCUGUCACGCAAACAAUGCAGGUUAUUGGAUUUUGGUGAACAUAGUCUAUUUUUCUUUAUUUUUUGGUGAAAUUUAUCACCCAAAACCCCCCUUUCACUCUUUAUAUAUAGGAUAGAAAUAUAGGAUAUAGGAUUCUUUGUUAACCGUGUAAAAACAUUAAAUGUGACCUUUUGGAAAUGAAGGGAGUACUAUACAAGUAUUAGAUUUCUUUGCAACCUCGCCUACAAUUAAGAGUAUUUCAAAUUGGCUUAGGAAUUGUUUAGAAGGCUACUCCAUCUGAUAAGCCUUGGUUUUGGCAUUCUUUUGAAUUGUUGCCUUGGUUAUUGUGUUCAUAUUUUCACUUAAUAUUCAUUCUACCGUUUUAUCGAACUUAAGUGGAACGAGUAUCUUUGUAGAACUUAAGAGGCGUUUGUUGAUGGCUUUUUAAUGUCGUUUGCUUUUUGUUACAUCUAAAGUAAAUAUAUGAACAUAGUUAAGCUUUCAUCUUUUUUAUCCCUACCCACCUUCCUCCUCCUACCUUUCACUGACACUACCAUUUUCACCUUUUCUAACACCUUCUUCUUCUUCUUCACCUUCCGCUAACAUCAUGUUCUUCGUCUCGAUCAACAAUGUGAAAUUCAGGGCGUAGUCAACCUCAAAGAGUAAGGGUGACCAUGUCCUCCAUUAAAGCUGCUACUUAAAUUAAUUUUCCACCUUGAAAGUACACUAUUAAUAAUAGACAAGAACUAUAGAAGUUAUUUAAUUACUUUUAACAUUUUCCCGAUUGGCCUCCAACAACAAAUAUGAGUGAAAUUAUUUGCCUACCCCCAACUAAAGUUACUAAACCCAGGAAAAUACAUCCGCAGCCCUUAAUAAACAAAACUUUCAGCCCGUUUUGUGUGUGGUUGGUUACACCGUGUGACCAUUUAUAUAUAAAAAAAUAAAGUAACCCCUAUAAUAUUGACCAAAUAACUCCUGAUCGAGUAACCUCUAAAACACUGACUAAGUAACCUUAUAAUACUGACGAGGUAACUCCUUUAACACGGACCAAGUAACCUCUAUUACACUAAUAAAGUAACCCCUGUAAUCGAACCAUAUCCCCCCCGGAAGCCCCCCUUGGGGGGGAAGGAACUGCAAUAAGGCUGCCCUGCAGUCAACCCAGCAUUGAGUUAAGUUCCAAGCCUUGAGUUUGUCAGGUACUUACCAAGACCCACCAUUAACCCGCUUUAUAAUACAACGAUAUUUUAGUAAUUCUCCGUCUUGAACACAUUCACGAACGUACUCGGAGUUGCGGAAUAGGUGGGUCAAACCCACCCAAGGCUAGGCUUAUGUGUUUGAUGAACUUGUAUUUCCUCGUCGUCUAAUGCGGAUUGUGAAGUAAUUCUUAAAACAAAAAUCAGAAAAUCAAGAGAAGUAGAAGAACAGGGAUGACGAUGACGAUUACUUGCAAAGCUGCCGCUGCUUAUAACACCAUGUUUACCUUCCUGUCUCCAUUAAUGGUGUUUUUCUGUUAGAAGGCAAAUCAGUUGGAACUUGCAAUACUCAAGAAAUGAAGAUUACUCCUAAUUUCAGAUAUUCUGCUUCCAUUGGUAAAUCUUCAACUCUUGUUCUUCCUUGUAUUAAUUUCCCUUUCAAUUUCAUCUCUCAUUUUUAUUUUUCACGACAUUUUUCCAGUAAAACAAUUAUUGCAAUUGAUGGUCUUAAACUAUUUCUCAAUUCUGUUAUAGAACAAUGCAAAUUAGGGUUUUCCGAUCUCAAACUUCCACAUUCUCUCUUCAAUCAAUUGACCUCUUUGCGUCCUCUUCCUUCUAUCGUUGUUUUCAGUCAGCUAUUCACUGCCAUUUCCAAAUUGAAACACCUUCAUCGUCAGUCCACCAUUGUAUCUUUCUUCAGGCAGCUUGAAUUACUGGGUAUUUGAUCUAAUAGGCAUUCGUGGGGUAUGCUUGCCAAUUCUUACUCCCAUUUGGGUCGCAUUGAUUUCGGGUUUUCUCUUCUGCGUAAAAGCCUUAAGCUUGGUUAUCCUCCUGAUCAUAUUUUCUUUGCGUCCUCUUCCUUCUAUCGUUGUUUGAACUGGGAUUGCAACAUGGAUAAAAAGGAGGGAAUGCAAGCAACUGGGAUAAGCAACAGUCCAUAUUAUGGCUCAAUGUGUGCUUGAUUAUGUCAAACAUAAUGUUCCAGAUUGUACUAUAAGAUAUACUCGUAGAAAGCAUGUACUACGUGCAUUGAUGACAGAAACAGAACAUAUUCUGAGUCUUGAUCCGAAAAGUAUAAAUCUUAAUCUGAGUAAAGUCGAGAGAACUGCACUGCAGUAGGAAGGCGUCAUAGCAGUGUUGAUUGUUGAAUUCUUCACUCUUUGGGACUCUAAUUGAUAUGUAUGAGUAUGCUAUUCCAAUGUUUGCUCCUCACUUUUGUAAUUGUUUGAGCAAUGUCAACCCUAAAUUCUUUGUAUAGCAUCCCCUCCCUUUGUUGCAGCUAACACAGGAACUUCCAGCAGAAUAGGGAAGAGUAUAUAAUAGGAAUGUUAUGCUGGCUGAGAGGUCCUGAUGUUAUAUUAGUUUGUUUUAGCCUGACAUCAUUUUCUUUUUUUUUUUUUUUUUUUUUUUUUCUUCUUUUAGUGUUGAAUAAAAUCCUUAACUAAAUACUCACACUCUUUGGUUAUGGUUUUGAAUUAUUUGAUCCCCUUCCAACCACCCCGUAUCCUUCAUCGCAGUAGCGUAUGUUGUGGAACAUAGGUGGACUGUGAUUAUUGUCAGUCAUUAUCCAGCCCAAUCACAAUGUCUGAUAAAUCUAAAUAUAAUGGCGAGAGGUGAGAUGAUAGUUGCACUACUGAUUUAGGGUGUUACUAUACUUGGUGAAGAAAUUCAUGCUUGAAAUUGAAACUAAUGUUUGGAAUUUGAAUUAAGGUCAUGUUAGACUUGGUCUAGGCUAACAAGAUUUAUGUAUCAAGUACUGUAUUAAGUUGGUUAAUCUGUUGCUGUCAAAAAAAAAGACAAAUGUUUGGAAUUUGAAUUAAGGUCAUGCUGGUUGACAUAUUUUGUAAAGAUGGUAAUGUUGUGGAAGCAGAAGCGAUUUUAAGAAUCAUGACUGAUAAAGGUGUAGCUCCUGACAUUAUUACUUACAAUGCUUUACUUGAUGGUUAUUGUUUGCGUGGUCAGAUGGAAGAUGCAGAAAAGCUACUUGAUAUCAUGGUCCAGAAUGGUUGUGAGCCUAAUCUUAAAGGGAUAGCACCAAAUGCUGUAACCUAUACCACUUGUAUUGAUGGCUUGUGUAAAACCGAUAGACUUACACUUGCACGCCAGUUGUUCACAGAUAUGCAAGCUCACGGAGUUACUCCUGAUGUUUUCUCGUAUAGUUCAUUGCUUGAUGGCCUAUGUAAAUGUAAAUGGCUUGAUGAGGCAGUGGCAUUACUUGAAGAUAUGGAGGAUAAAGGUAUCAAGCCUACUACUGUAACUUACAAUAUCCUAAUGGACAGCUUGUGUGAGGCUGGACAAUUAAAAGGUGCAGCAAAUUUCUUUUCUGAUCUUGUGUCAAGGGGUCUGCAACCUAAUUGUAGAACGUACACUAUAAUGAUUAAAGGCUUCUGCAAGGAAGGGCUCAUGAGUGAAGCUGCUCAAUUAUUAAGCAAGAUGGAGGAAGAUGGUAGCUUUCCUAAUGGUUGUACCUAUAAUACAAUCAUCCGGGGAUAUAUUCACAAUAAUGACUUGUCAAACGCAUUAUACUAUCGCGACAUUAUGGUGAGCAAAGGAUUUGAAGCUGAUGCUGACACUUUCUCGUUGUUUGUUAGCCUUUUGCCUUCCGGUAACUAAAGUGACUCAUCAAAGGACCUACUUCAAAAACUUACAGAUUAACUUGAGGCUAGCUGUUCUUCUUUAGGUUUCUUAUUCAUAUUUUUAUCACUUAUUGAAGUAUUGUACUAAUUCAGCUAGGAACUCUUCUAUAUAAAACCUGUAUGUAGCUCUGACCUCAAAUAUGAAAUUUGUGGCUUAAAGUGAAAAAUUAUUGUGACAAGCAGUUUAAGUCCAAUGCCCUUUAAACUGUUAGAUAUUAGAGUUAUAUUUGAA